CCGAACAACGGCGGAGGGUCCGGGCGGAGGACGGAGCAGAGCAGAACCGCUAGAGACGGAACCUCCUCCCCCGCCAUCUUGGACUCUACAGCGCCUGCUUGUGACGUAGCAGAACCCACAUUAAAGCGGGUCCAGCUGGUUCUGUCUGUUCGCUGCAGCUUUAAGGACGCAGCUCUUCGGUAACCAGCCGAGGUGUUGACAGCGUCGAUCCUCGUCGACCUGCGGGAGGCGUCGCUCCCGGCAGAGUCGACAGCUGAAGCUUGGGAGGCUGUCUGAGGGCGCCGGAGCUCCCAGCAUGCAUCUGACUGGAUCAGGAGGACCUGGGCCCGGACCGGCUGCUGCUGGGAGGCUCGGCCUGCAGGGGGCAUCUUCCUCCAGGCGGCUCCGACUCCUGAGACUCUGAAAACCAAACAAAUGUCCACAAACAAACUGCUGCAGGCCGAGUGGAGCCGAUGAAGCCUCUGAGUGUAGCGAACAACUGUUUUUAUUAUUAAUUAGGUUUAGAAAGCAACCAGUUCAAAGUACGGCUGCACAAUGUAACAAAAACACUAUAAUUUUUAGUUUUCCUGUGGAAAAAAAAUGCAGAAGUCUACACCAACGGCAACAAUAUUUUGGACAUUAAUGACUUUAUAAUGUUAUUUUUUGGGUCUAAGCUGCUAUUAAACAGACAAACAGUUUAAUGUUAGAGGGUUUAAGGAUCAGACUAAUUCCUGGGGAGGUUUUCUGUGGUGCAGACGGGGAAGAAUCUGAGUUGUAAUGGGAAGGAAAACUUCAUUAGUGACAGUUUGGUCAUUAUUUGUGUAACCCUUCUGUUACUGAAAUAGGAAAUGCUCUUUUAAGAUGGAUUUUGCAUUGAAUAUUUUGCAGUUAAUCAUGUCUGAUGCGUCGUUAUCAGUAAGAUGAACCAAAUCUGAGGUUCACACUGUGAUUUCUCAUCAAAAUCACUUUAUUCUGCAUGUCUUGUUUUAAAAAAUUGCCAAAAAUAUACGGUUUGCUCUAAGCAGAUUCUGUAAAAAACACAAAAAUUCUGCACUUCUUGUUGGAAUUGUGAAGCCUUUAGUGACUCAGCUGUGACCAACAGUGAUGUGAUAAAAAAUCAUAGACCUUCUGGAUGAACUUCAGGAUGUGUUAACACAAAACAAAGAGGAGACAACUUCAGAAGCAAAUAGAAAAUGCAAAUAAUAAAAUAUGUUAGCAUGUUUGACACCCCUGUUUUAGAACCUUUUUCAUGUGGUGUAAUUAACUCCAUCCAAAAUAGUUUUUUUUCCCCAGAUGUGGCUCAUUACAGAGUUUUAUAUGAGCUUCAGAAACUCAGCCAAACACUCAGGAUUUCAUUUUCAAACAGCUUUAAUUUUACACCUCCACACGUACAGCAACAAUAAAGUACAAUAAAAACUGGAUUUUCACCAAAAAAAAAAGCAUAUCGGACUCAAUCAGACAGAACAAAGACAUCAACCAUCAGACAAUCAGUUCAAUCAGUUAAGUUCUCUGUGUAUUUCUUCGCUUCAGACUUUGUCCUGGAGGUUUCUCAGCGAUAACCAGAGCCGGUUGAAUCCUCUAAAAUCCGAAGCGAUGCUCCAUCCAACGUCACCGAUCAUCCUCAGGAGCAGAGUGAAAGUUUCCUGAGUGCCGGUCAGAGGAAACACCGGAGCCUGAACGUAUGACUGCUGUGUUCAUGGAGGAACCAACGUCUGGACUCUCCUCCAGAUGAACCGACCGACGGGCUGAUUCCAGGACGAGGCCGAGCUGCAGGGAUUCCAGAUCCAAACUCUCGGGACAAUGGAAGUUUCGUCUCAGCCGUCUCCUCUGAAUGAAGACCUGAAACUGGACCCUCAGAGUCUCCAUCAGGACCAGAACCAGCAGAGUCCUGAGUGUUCAGGUCCAAGUCCAGUCCAAGAUCUGGAGCAGAUUCAGGACUCUGUGGAUGGAGCUUCACCUCAGCAUCAGGACCGAACAGAGCGUCACUCGGUUCAUCACCUGGACUCGGAGCGUCACCUGACAUCCACGACGGCCAAUCAGGAAGAAGGUGGCAGCGUGCCAUCGCUGGUCGUCACGGAGGCCGAGGAGUUGCGGAUGCCUCCUCCAGCAGCACCUGUGAGUCCAGUAGAAGCAGCAGCGCCUCAGAAACCAGAGCGUCCAUCAGAUCUGGUGAUCCCUGCAGCGGCUGGCGUGAUGACCGACUCGAUCCUGAGCUCCGGCAGCGACGGAGCAGAUAUGACCUGCAGCGACCUCAUGUCUCUGAGGAGCGACUCCAUUUCUCUGGCCAGCGAACCAGCCGUCUCCAGGAGGAGUGAAGACGACGACACGAGGAGCGUCGCUGCUUCGUCCGUCAUGUCUCUGUUCCACAGACUGCAGCUGGAUCCUCUGGAGAAGGACUGGAUGAGGAGCUGUGCUUCAGGAAACAUGGCCGCCCAACGUCAGCUGCUGGCUCAGGAGCCCAGCCUGGUCUUAAAGAAGGUACAGACGUGACUCUGAACAGACUCAAAAACUAAUUCAUCACCAUUUAAACAAGAUAUUUCACCCUUCAAACACCAAAGCCCACCAGCGAGUGUGAAAUCCAUGUUAUAUAUUUUUAAAAUCUCAAAAAUGACACCAUUUUUCAGAGCCAGAAACUUAAAAACAGAAAGAAUAAUCAGAUUUCAACUUUCCAAUAGUCCUUGAACU